UACCGUGUUGCUAUACUAGGCGUUCAUAGAGGUCCACACUAGACUAGGCUCUCAUAGAGUUCAAGGUCGUUAAUAAAGUGGUCUGUCCCGUUCGAUGUGCACAAGUCAAUUGAAAGGCUUCCCGGUCUCGGAGAUGCCGACAGUCGUCUUCGGAUGUUGGACGGCACCGCGGACACACGUGACAAGCAACACACCGCGAUUCAACAUUCAACAUUUCAUGCGCACUCGGAAUUUCCGAACGGUACCUUGCGCGCACGGGAUGGCUUGAGCCGUGGGCCGGUUCGCACACACCUCGUCUUCUCCCUGCCACUAUCGCCGUCUCACUAGGCCAUGGCAGAAAUCAGCCUCGACAGCAUCAGCGCACUGCGGCGCACGGGCGACGACCGCUUCGUGUCGGUCAACAAGCCCUUCUGGAUGGCCAACUCGUCAAAGGCGAUGGCCUAUGGCGGCUGCGCAAUGGUCCUCGCCAUCAAUGCUGCUGCCCAGACGGUCGACGACCGGGCCAAGAACAUCUACAGUGUCCUGGGCAGCUUCCUUGGGCCCACGAUGACGGACAAGCCGGUAGAGCUGCACGUGCAGAACCUCCGGGAGACGAGGACCUUCUCGACGAGGUUCGUCGUUGCCAGCCAGGACGGCCGCGCGUGCCUCUCGGCCACUGUCGAUUACAUCAUUGACUCUUCGCCAGAAGCGGCCAAGGUGGUGCCCGAUUUCAGCUCCGAGGCGCCCCGCGUCACGCAUCCCUCGGCUCUCCUGCCCGAGCGCGAGGGCAUCACACGCCGCGUCGAAGAGGGCCGCCUCUCGGCCGGUCUUGCAAAAGCCUUUUUCAGCACGUUCUCGCCCAUUCUCCAGCUCGUGCCGGCCAGCCGUGCCGCGCCCGAGGGCAUGUUUGCCCAGACGCUGAACUCCCUCGACUCCAAGGCAGCGACGACGCAGGACGGCCUCAAGCUCAGCGACCGGCGCUCCUACCUCUGGUACACGGCUCCCCCCACCAUGACGACGGGCGUGCGUGGCGACGUCCUGUACGCGCCGACGCAGGCCACCGCCACGGCGAUGCUCUACUGCUUCCUCCUCGAUGGCGCCACCGGAUUCACGGCCCUGGGCCACUCGAAGCAGCCGCUUCAGGCUGCCUCGGCUGCGUCGAGCCUCGACUUUGCCUACCGCAUCCACGGGCCGCCCCUCGAGGCGGCCAAGUGGUACCUCAAGGAGCUGGGCGCAGAGGUCGCUGCAUCCGAGCGCACAUAUGUCGAAGCCAAGCUGUGGGAGGAGGGGACUGGCAGGCUUGCUGCCACCCUGACCGAGGCGACAGUCCUCAGAGCGGCGAAGCCCCGCGCGCCAAAGCUGUAGCAUAGAGAGAGCCGUGCAUGUCUCAAGAAGCAACAAGCCCACUGUACUGUACUGUACUGUACUGUACAAAGUGCAGCAUCGAAAUAGAGAUGAAUGUAAUUUGCCCGACGAUCACUCUCCCUCGAGCGCCUCGUGCUGCAGCCAUCGCUUGGCGUUGAGCAGCAGCCGGUCGUGCGCCUCACCGACGAAGCCCGGAAGAUCGCGCCUGACCUUGAUGGACCCACCCAGGGUCUUUUCCUGGCAGUAGCCGAGGUAGCGGUAGCCCGGUGGAAACGAGGCGAGAAGCUCGUCAUCGAUCUCGGGAAUCUAUUUGAUGCAGAUUGUGAGCGCGUGCGCGG